AUAUGACAACACAUCAGAGAUCCCAUUCUUUACGCCCUUCCGUUCUAUCUUCUUAUCGCCGCGUAGGAAAGGGAGACCCGGCAGCCAUAUCAUGGCAUCUGCCCUUCUAGCAUCGGGUCGCUCUUCUCGAGAACCCAUGAUCAUUCACUUGAGACACGCAGUAACAACAAAGUUUGCGCCGGCAGCGACUCAAGGCAUGGCCAACUUUCAUGCCUCUACCGACGCUCGUCUCGCUAAUUUCCCCCCUUCUCUGCUGACCGACAUGUUUUGACCAGGACCAUGGCCCUCACCAUCAUCUUUUAGGCCGCAGAUGACCUGUGGAAGGAUGUUGCCGUGGAAGGCCGACACUCAUGGUUGCCCCAGCGAGCACAAGAGCAAGAAAUUUAAAAUAAAGAAAAAAAAAUCAUCAAGAAAAAUUUAAAAUAACAAAGCAAAAGGACAACAGAAAAAAAUAUUCCGAGCACGACAAAGGCGCGUCCUCCGCUUCGAUCGCAAAACCUAGCAGCCAACCCGGGCGAUUUUGAGUCAAGUAUGAAGGCUCGCCCAACAAAACGUGUCCCUCCACGCCCUGGAUCCAGCGUGCUCAUCCCCCACCCCCCAAAAAAGGCCCCCGUUGUGAACCUCGCCCUCCUCCCCCUUUGCCGCCCUUCUUCCCCUCCUCGUUUGUGGUUGAGAGCCUUUUUCCCCGGAAGGACACAGCCAAGACUCCGCGACACGACCAGCCGGGGCGGCGCUCUUGCGGCGCGGUCACAUGAGACCGUUCUGCGCCUGCAACGUGCCUCCGCCGGCUAUUCCCCCCUUCCUUAUUGUGACGUGCGAGGAAACGUGCUGCCCUUUCCGUGCAAAAGCGCCGUGGCCUCGUUCGAGGUUUUGUCGGGCGUUUUGUCUGGGCGGUCCCGACCUUGGCGUGCGGACGGGUAACAUGCUCCUGCUGGAUCCGACGUUGCAACGUGGAACGUCGCCUCGAAGAAUGGCCAAAGAACUUCGUAGCGCGCCGGCGAGCUCUCCAUGUGG